GAUGGUCAGUCUGAUGCUAGCUGCCUACGCUACGGAACUUAGCAUGGAGCUUGCUAAGCAGCAGUCCCGUUUCGCGUCUUCCUAAUGUGCCUAACAUAUGAAGGUAGUGGCAAUCGAGAAUGGCGUGUUGAUGAAUACGAGCUCGUUGGUUGCCGGGACGAGCCCCCAGCUGGAAAUUAGGCAAACGUAUGUGAAUCAACAGAUCGUAUUGGUCCUGCCCAAAUGCUUUUGGGUCCCUUGGUUUUCCAAAGUUGUGUGAGACCAGGAGAACCUCUAAAUCAGAACUCUGUGAUGCUGAUGAUGAUUAAAGAAUUCAUCACAUCACCUGAUCCUUCUUGGUCUACGAACCCCGUUGUGUGUUGUUAAACAUAUGUCCAAAUCCUUGCUUGGAGUCAUGAUGAUCAUCUGGGCCAGUCCAACCCUGCCCCUUGGGACAAGAACCCCCCAUUACCAAGUUCAUCAAAUGAUAUGAUAGUAGUUACCUGGAUCAGUUUCUGUGCCUGCAGGAGCCUUGCACAGGUUCUGCUCUUCCUUUCCUCCACAAACACCUUUCUUUCCCCGUGGGAGACCCUCGCCUUUGUGCUUGCUGGCCCUGUAACCAUGGGUAAUAGCUGCGUGUGCCGGGAGGACAGCGAUGCAGAGGACCAACACCACGGGACAUCGAGGGCAUCUCGAGGACAAGUCAGGCGCGCAGAUGGUACGGGCACAGCGGUUGAUGCGGGAGAGUCUCGUAGCGGUCGCCCAAGAGACCCGGUCAGACCCCCGCGCAGGGGGCGCGGCCCCCAUGAGCCACGACGGAAGAAGCAGAAUGUAGAUGGCCUGGUGCUGGACACGCUGGCUGUCAUCAGGACCCUUGUAGACAAUGAUCAAGAACCACCUUAUUCCAUGAUCACUUUACACGAGAUGGCAGAGACAGAUGACGGCUGGUUGGAAGUUGUCCAGUCUCUGAUCCGAGUGAUACCAUUAGAUGACCCACUUGGCCCUGCAGUCAUCACCCUGCUGUUGGAUGAGUGUCCCUUGCCCACUAAGGAUGCUCUCCAGAAACUGUCGGACAUGCUGAGUCUAAGUGCGGCCGUGGCCCAACAGGACGCUCUGACUCCCGCCAAACACAGAAACACCACAGCUGUCCUCGGAUGCUUGGCUGAGAAACUGGCUGGACCAGCCAGUAUUGGACUCUUGAGCCCUGGAACUCUCGAAUACCUUCUGGAGAGCAUGAGCUCUGAAGCGCAUCCCACUGUGAUGCUGUUUGCGCUGAUUGCCUUGGAGAAGUUCUCUCAGACCAGUGAAAACAAGAUGACAGUAUCUGAGUCUUGUAUAAGCAAGAGGCUGGCUGUGUUGGAGUUGUGGGCAGAGCACACGGACUACCUGAAGAGGCAGGUCGGAUUCUGCUCGCAGUGGAGCUUGGACAACCUGUUCCUGAAAGAAGGCCGUCAAUUCACUUACGAAAAGGUCAACCUCGCCCAUAUCAACGCCAUGCUCAACAGCAAUGAUGUCAGCGAGUACCUCAAGAUCUCCCCCAGUGGAUUAGAGGCCCGGUGCGAUGCGUCAUCCUUUGAGAGUGUGCGUUGUACGUUCUGCGUGGAUUCGGGCGUAUGGUACUAUGAGGUGAUAGUCAUCACAUCAGGCGUGAUGCAGAUAGGAUGGGCCACCAAGGACAGCAAGUUCCUCAACCAUGAGGGCUACGGGAUUGGCGAUGAUGAAUACUCGUGCGCAUAUGAUGGCUGCAGGCAGCUCAUCUGGUACAAUGCUCGCAGUAAACCUCACGCUCAUCCCUGCUGGAAGGAGGGAGAUGCAAUUGGCUUCCUGCUGGACCUCAGCAAGAAGCAGAUGAUCUUCUAUCUCAAUGGACAUCAGUUGCCUCCAGAGAAACAAGUCUUCUCCUCUGCCACGUCCGGCUUCUUUGCGGCAGCCAGUUUCAUGUCAUACCAGCAGUGUGAGUUUAACUUUGGCGCCAAGCCUUUCCGCCACCCGCCCUCAAUCAAGUUCAGCACCUUUAACGACUUUGCUUCGCUGCUACCAAGUGAAAAGAUCAUCCUACCAAGACAUCGGCGUCUGGCUUUACUGAAGCAAGUUAGCAUCCGCGACAACUGCUGCACUCUGUGCUGUGACUUCAUGGCUGACACAGAGCUGCGGCCCUGCGGACAUGGGGGGAUGUGUAUGCAGUGUGCCUUACAGUUAGAAACGUGUCCCCUCUGUCGCCAAGACAUUCAGACUCGCGUCAGACUCGUUGCACAUGUCUCCUGACACACUUCCCGUGAGGAGACAAGCACAAGCCGUACUGGCUCCUCCCGCUCCAAGCCCCUCCGGCCCAGACGGUUUGGAGGACGGUGCCGCAGUAAACGGACCAGAACGGCGCGUUCUGGUCAGAAGAGGUCUUGGUGGUGGGGUGAUGAUAGGAAAGAGAGGAGAUGACCACAAGAGCAGAAUUCCUAGGAGCUCCACACCUCCUCUUGUGUUCUUCUGAGCAGAAGCAAGAUCCUCCUGAACUGUAUGCCUGCCUACCCUACAGGAGUGAGUCAAAACAAAGUAAUCAAGAUGACAUCAGACGACUCCUCUGCAAAACACAGUUGGCGGACCGCUUGACAAAUUACAAUACCGCCUGUUUGGAGGCCAUUGUUUUGAUUCUGAAAGAACAGGGUAGACACAGUCACAAAUACAGUACAGUGUUAACCUAAGGUACAGACAAAUACUAUGGGGUGUAUUUGAUUUUUAUAUUACUGGGUGUAAAUCUGCAUUGUAGCAUUGUCUUUGUCUUUGCUCCAUAUUAUAUAAACAUCCCUCAGUUAACAAUGUCCCUCUCUGCGCUGAUCCAUGGCCCAUGAUAUGAAAUGUUCACAAUCCUGGACAAUUUGAUGCAUUAAUGUUGGAAAACCAAAAACAUGCAAGCCUCAUUUAGUUUACAACGGUGAAUGUUAAAUAUCCAGUCUCACCUGAGGAAUGUCUACUGCCAAUGUAAGCAACCUUCAAUUGGAUACGGUCAUGAGUUCAAACAAUCUCUGUUCCCCUAUGCUUUAUUUCAAGUAUUAGAUUGUUCACUGUGGUGAAUGUCAGUCAAGUACAUUCAAAAGAUGCUCCCAGAUGGCUAACCUUGAUAAUAAACUUAAGCGGAACCAACUUAGUAAGUCUUUAGCUUGCUUAAUUAGAUUGAAACAUAAAUGUGGCAUCGCGACAAUGUCUUAAUUACCUUUUAGAGGUGUAAUGCAAAAUAAAAUCUAAAAACGGUCAUUAUGGCUUAACCGUAGUACAGUACAUAAUAAAUCUGAUUUGAGAGGAAAAAUAUCUGCCAUCUCUGGAUCAUCUUGUGCCUCUAACAAAAAUCCACCACACCUGAGGAAAAAAACAAUCACAAGGCUUGUGUUCCCUUGGUUCUCCAGAAAAGCACCUUAUUGGAAAUGGCACUUUAUCAGUUUGACAUUUUAUUUAUUGUGCUACUGUCAAGCCUUAAUGACUUUUAACAAAUAACUUUUUUUUUUUAACUGCCCACUCCCCCUAAGAUACAAUUAAGACGUCUUUCCAACCACAAAAAAAUGUGGUGGGAUUCAACAGAAAGACAAUUGAAAAAUUUGCAGGGAAGUUGCUGGACUGUUUUAGUGGUAAAUUACUCUUAAUACUAAUGUGAAAGUAUCCCCCAAGUGUUUGUGGAGAAAAUUGUUUGGCAUCUGUAUGUUCCUAUCUAUUUUUUAUGCAUUUUGCUAUGAAUCAUGGCACGCUUAGUAAGUCUGAUUGUUUACAAAUCGUCCUCAAAUCUAUCAUCCUCGUUACAAGCAGUCGAGACCGCUUCAGACUGACUUUACAUUGGAUAUCAUGUUUUCUGGAUGAAUUUCGGCCCACCUUUAUUUGUUGACUUUGUUUUCAAGGGUGUUUUUCUUUCUGGGGCUUAUCAAUAGAUGCGGUUCAAUUGUUCAUAAGAUCAACAGAAAUGUAUCCACCAUAUGCAUGACUGUAAAUCUAUAAAACUAAGAGUAUACUGGGAGGAUUUUUGAAGAUGACUUGAAUUGCUCAGUGAGACAAGUGCUUGUCUAGUUACUCAGAUAAUUUGGAGCACCUUAAAUGAGGACCCUAGAGAAAUAAUUAGUUGUAUUCCUGGAGAUGAAGUUCAGGAUAAAAUUGCGAAAUAUUUAGACAAAUUAACUGAGGAAUUUCGCCCCAGAAUUCCCAAAGAUGUGAUUUAUCAAAGAACUGUUGUAUCCUCAAUUGUGCUAUUUGUAAUAAAUGUUUAUGUGAUGUUUG